CCUGAAUAUGCUAAUUAGUCGGUGACGUCACCUAGCGGCGUCAGACCCCCUGUAGGUUCCUUCCUGUCUUUCCUGUUGCUCUUCACUUCACUCAGCAGUUAUUUCUCUGACUUGCUGUAGGUUUAAGGCCAUGUCUGGAGCCCCCGCAUUUCCCACAGCGCCCCCUGCUGGAUUUUAUGACACAGUCCCGGGAUAUGAAGGAACAUUAGCCGGCGGAGGAGGGUUUCUUCCUCCUCCGAUGCCCUCGGCGCCUCUGCCUGUGGCGGACAACCUGCCUGCUCAGACCAACUGGAAUAUAACCUCCAUCACAGAGCAAGCCGCACGUGAGGCCUUCAUGAGCUACGCAUCCAGUAAGUGCUGUUACAGCACUGCGCCGGUCAAAGACGGAGUGAUCACCAACUUGGAGCCUUUCAACACCUACAGGUAUCGCUUGGAGACCUUCACUGAGACGAGAUCCUCCGAAUGGAGUCAUGAGCCGUACACAGGCCAGCCUGUGGAUGCUUCCAUCCAGCCUGCCCCAGCGCCAUGGGCAAUCACGGCCCAAACCCCCGCUUUCUUCCAGGAUCAAACACAGACCAUCAGAGUGCCGUAUACCUCCUCAGUCAAGAACUGUCAUACCUGUAUGGGAAUGGGAAAAAAGCCAUGCAAGGACUGCGCAGGCUCUGGGAAUAAAGUCUGCUGGGUUUGUAACGGUAGCGGGUUUCGCCAUGGAACCGACCGCUGCACACACUGUCACGGCUGUGGAAGAGAAAACUGUGGCUGGUGCCGUGGACAUGGCUCUCGUGAAUGUGAAAUGUGUCGAGGGAGGAGGCAGCUCCUCGUCUUCAUCACACUCAAGAUCCAGUGGACUACUUAUAAAGACGAUUUUGUGGUGGAGCAGGCGAGCGGGCUGAGAUCGGAGAAUCUCAACAAGGUCACGGGAAGGACAAUGUUCACAGACUCCCAGUACAUGCUUUACCCGGUGAUGGGUUUCCCCGACCCUUCACUGAGCCAAGCGUCUGAGCGUUUAAUGCGAGAACAUCAAGCCAAAUAUUUCCAGACUUCUCGUGUUCUGCAGCAGCGCCAUACCAUCGAGCUGAUCCCCAUCACCCGGGUGAGCUAUGCUUGGAAAGCAAAGUCCCACGUUUACUUUGUGUUUGGGAAUGAGAACACGGUGUACACCGACAGCUACCCGGCCACAUGCUGCUGCUCGGUCAUGUAGUCCCAGUAAUUCAGCAGCCAGAACACCAGAUGACAAAAGUCAUGAAAAAAAUAAUUUUUUCCCACGUCAAAGUCUUUACUGAUUAGCGUUUAUAGUAUGUAUGUAAUCAUCAGCAUUAAGGAAUUGUACACAAAUUCUCAGCGGAAUCGUUUUUUUACGACUCUUCGAACAAGAGUCGACUCGUUCACGAGCGACACGUCACAUCGAGCUGGCCGCUAAAAAUUAGGCUGAUCAGCUUAUCAGUGUCAGCUUUCCUCUUUACAGUCAGUUCGAUGCCCGGGCUUCGUCUUUUCACCCGAUUUGUUUCCACAUAAUGACAAUAUUACGAUACAAAAAAGUAUAUUCACAAUAAAUAUAAUAUAAAGCACACAGAACUCACACUGCCUUUAAUUACACGCCACACACGCAGAAUGUUCACUAUCACACUAAAUACUAAAAUAUUUUGUAUAUAAAGGUGUGUACUAUUGUGACAUAUUAUUUAGUUAUGCUAGAAUUAGAGAAACAAUUCGCUCGGAAUGGACAAUUCUGCCUGGUUUUUAAGUGAGUCAAAUCUUUAUAUUUUAAUUAAUAAAACAAACAAACAAACAAAUUUGGAAGGGCACGGUGGCUUAGUGGUUAGCACGUUCGCCUCACACCUCCAGGGUUGGUGGUUCGAUUCCCGCCUCCGCCUUGUGUGUGUGGAGUUUGCAUGUUCUCCCCGUGCCUCGGGGGUUUCCUCCGGGUACUCUGGUUUCCUCCCCCGGUCCAAAGACAUGCAUGGUAGGUUGGCAUCUCUGGAAAAUUGUCUGUAGUGUGUGUGUGAGUGAGUGAAUGAGUGUGUGUGUGUCUGUGUGCCCUGUGAUGGGUUGGCACUCCGUCCAGGGUGUAUCCUGCCUCGAUGCCCGAUGACGCCUGAGAUAGGCACAGGCUCCCCGUGACCCGAGAAGUUCGGAUAAGCGGUAGAAAAUGAAUGAAUGAACAAACAAAUUAAAUAAUUACCUUUCACUGCAUUUUAUAAAAUGUCAUUUCUGGUUAACAUCUCUUGUAAUGUCUCGCACUCCGACUGCCACGGCCUGUGUUCCUUUUUACGGGUGGAGAACUGACGGAGCCACUGAGGGGUUAACUCUCAGUGUCGGUCUCGAGCCUGGAUAAAAUAGAAGUUUCGUGUCAGGAAGGACAUCCGGUGUUAUACCUGUGCCAAAUUAGGGAGCAGCUCGAGAACAACACCACCGAUUUAAUUCAAGGUGUUAAAAAAAAAAUGGGCAUUUACAGUAAGCAUCUAUACCUUCAUGGUUUUGUUUUGCUUUCGCUGUGCUACUUUUCCAUUUAAACUGAAUCACGGAAGGAUUUUGAUAACAUUGUUCUAAUGUGUGUAAGUCUCUUCUGUAUAAAAGUUAGCUUUGAAUAUUUUAGCUAAUUAUGCGAUACAAAGAGCUGAAGUUACUAACCAAUGCUUGUGAAACCAUAUAUCGUAACAUUUAACAUUAAACUGAUCACAUCAUCAUCAUCAUCCUCCUCAUCAUCAUGGAUUUCAAAUAUUAUUUGCAGGCUGUUUAAUCUCCAUAACAACCACCGAGAGUAAUGCAAGAAAAGAUCUGAAAGCAUAACGAUCGUAUUGUUAUGAAUGAUGUCAUUCUGCAGUUUAUUAUACCGAGUAGUAAUGAAUGUGAUAUAUGUGUCAUGUAAUUCAGAGUCUUAACCAGCGUAUAGAUUUGUAAUAUUUACUCUAUCUACAAGACGAGGUAAAAGUGAGCAGUGAAGGGUUAAACGUCUCGUUCUGGAAGUAACGGUGAUGUGAAUUGUGGCAAAAUGUUUUAUUUCUCCUGAUAGCUCUUUGUUUUCUCUGUAUCGUCUGUCUACCGUUCGCGCUUACUGUAGGUUUUUGAGUCAGAUCCGUCCAAAAAAGCCGUUUUUAUUCCCACACGUGGCUGUUUUUGAAAACUAUAAUUGUCGAUGUAGUGGAAUUUUUCACACGAGAGCCUUUAGAGCAGAAGACCAAAGUGUCGCGAUUUCUUGCAACAUGACCAACUGCAUUAUUUAAUUUAAAUUUUAACAAAGAAAAAAAUUAUUACAGCUGUUUUCAGUAUCUGUGAAUUCCGGGGGAUAAAAACUUUCUCUCACCAACCUGUCACUGUAUUACACUGUAUGUAUGUCUUGUAUUCUCUUACUUUCCAAUCCAGGCUGUUCUUGGAAAUCUUUUCCUUUCACGUAGAAUUGAACACGAUUGACAUUUAUAUCCUUUUGGGGUUUUUUUUUGUUUUUUUUGUACUUUAAUAAACAAUUUAGUUUGAAUACUC